AUGCUUCAUGUUCGAGUCGCGGGCAGCUCGCGGGAUUCAGCUGAUCGCCUUCAAAUGCUCUCUGAGCGUAUUUCAUCCAAUUGGAGUGAUGACCAACCAUACAGUUGGUCUGCAGAACCAUUUCAUCCACCUUCACAAAAAUACAUGAAUGCUGCAGUGUGUCGAGGACUAGAUGGAAAAUUACAUCGAAAAAUUGUUUGUCCUGUGGAGGUGGAGUUCCAACCUGGAGGAACUCUUCCUGAUAUUGAGACCCUCACAGCUGCUGUUGAUUUCUUACAUAAUGUAAGAAAUUCAUCCAAAAACCCAUUUUUCCUUGCUGUUGGGUUCCACAAGCCUCAUGUGCCAUUAAAAUUCCCAAAACAAUAUAUUAACCUUCAUCCAUUGGAAUCUGUUGAACUUCCAAAAGCACGAUUGUAUCCAUCUCUCUUACCAACUGUUGCUUGGAAUCCAUGGACAGACGUGCGCAAAAGAGAGGAUGUAGCUGCUCUUAAUGUAUCGUUUCCAUUUGGCCCCAUGCCAGAUUCUUUUGCUCGAAAAAUCAAACAAAGUUAUUUUGCUGCUGUGAGUUAUGUUGAUGACUUAAUAGGUCAUCUUUUGAAUGCUGUGAGAGAAAAUGGAUACUUUGAUAAUACCAUUAUAGUCUUAAUAGGAGAUCAUGGUUGGUCAAUGGCAGAACAUGGAGAGUGGGCCAAAUUUAGCAAUUUUGAAAUUGCUUUGAGAGUUCCUCUCCUUUUGUAUGUACCAGGGCAGACAGAUUUUAAAACCAGCCAUUUAUAUAAAUAUACGCAUGUUCUUACAGAAUUAGUGGACAUAUUCCCUACCUUAGUGGAAUUAACUAAUUUAUCUCAAUCAUUGCCUCUAUGUCCUGAAAACUCACAGAAAAUUAAAUUGUGCACAGAAGGAAUUAGUCUUUUUCCUGUCAUACAAAACAUGCAGAAAAAGACAAAUAAUGCAACACUGAAUAUGGAUUGGAAAAAGGCAGCCUUCAGUCAGUAUCCUCGACCUGGUAUUUUUCCAACAAUGCAUCCAAACAGUGAUAAACCACACUUAAGAGAUAUUAAGGUUAUGGGUUAUUCUUUACGAACUUGGCAGUAUCGAUACACUGAAUGGGUAUUAUUUGAUAACCAUAAUUUUAUUCCUCGGUGGGCAAAUAAGAUUGGUGCUGAGUUAUAUAAUCAUAAACUGGAUCCACAUGAAAACAUGAAUAUGGUUGAUAAUAAAGAAAUGAUAAAUAUAGUGAAACUGCUUAGUGCUCAGUUACAUGCUGGAUGGAGGUAUAGUUUACCAAAGCAUUUUGUAAAAAAUAUUUACAAUUAAACAUACAAUUUUAUUGAAGCUUGAGCUUUUCUAAUCUUAAUGUGUUAUAAAAAGUAAAUAUAAUUAUAAAGUUUCUUUUGGGUAAAGAAAUUAGUAAACCCUAUAGGUAUAUUAUUUGGUCCAACAAAAAUAUUGUUCAAUCAAUUAUGAGGUAAAUGAUAAUUACAGUCAAACUUUUAAUUUUUAUUCAUAGAGGUAUUACCUUCUUUGUAUAAGAUCCCCUUCAGUAUGUAACAAAUCUGUAACUAUUUAAAGUAAAACUUCACAUACAACUUUGUCUAGAUGAUAAUCAGAAAAUGCCAUAUUAACCUUUUCACACACACAUUAUGAAAACGUUACUGAAAAAUUCUGAUUUUCAGGUCAGUUAUAAAUUGAUUUUUUAACUGAUUGUUUCCAUAUUGUGUACUUAACUUGUGCACCAAUGAUACUUGUCCUCCGCGAGAGCAGUGGUGACUCGAAGCACUCAGUAGAAGAAAAAAAAAGGAAAUUUUGAAAAUUAAUAUACAUGGAUCUAUCAACACUAAAAUUAGUUUUAUUAAAAAAUGUUUAUGCUCUUGUGUAUAAAGAAUAAAUUUUAUUGAAUUUAUUUUGAGUGGAAUGCUUUUAAACAUUGUUUCUUUAGAGAAGCAUAAAUGUAAGUUACAUUUUUUACAUUUCUUUUUUUUUUUUUUUGGCUUUUGGCUUUUUUGGACCUGCUUCCAUUUUCAGGUACAACUGAAAAUUUAAUUAUAAAAUUUUGCAUGAAGCAUUUUGCAUUUUUUACAUAAAAACACUGACCAUGUCAUUACAACUCUUAAAAUCAAAGUACAAUAAUGAAGAAAAAUAAUCUCAUAAGAAAUGAAAAAAAUACCUAAACAUGAUAGAUACAGUAUAUGCACUUCAAUGCAAUGACUGUCAGUUGAAUGAUAUUGGCCAAACAAAGAGAAGAAUCAAACAGAGAAUAACAGAACAUAGAAAAAAUAGCAAUGAGGUUACAAAUAAACAAAAUUCAAUAUCCCAACAUUGAAUUAAUCUAAAUUAUUCAAUACAUUUUGAUCAGUUUCCUAUUUUAGCAGUAAAACCCAUCAGGAAUAAAAGAUUAAUACUAGAAACAUAUAUAAAAACACAAAAUACUAUGAAUACAUUUAUAAAAUCCAAUCAGUUUCCAAAAAUUCAUGACAUGAUAAAUAUUUUUCGACAAUAACACCGUCCUUUUUUUAACAUUAGGAUCAAACCUUUUUGAAUGCACCUUCAACUAUCUCCUAAUUUCUGUUAUUCCUCCACUACCAAGGACUCAAUUUAAAUGUUCAACUGUAAAAUGGCACUCUGGACAGUACUCUACUACUUAUUCUAAUAUUCAGAUAUGUUUCUCUAUAAUUUGUAAAUAUUGUAUAUAGUUUUUGUAUAUUUUAGUUUUCUGUUAUAACAGGCGCACUUUGUUUUAACUGGGUACAGUGUAAAUUUAUUUGUUAAUUUUGACAUCAUGCAAAAUUUUGUAAUUAAAUUUUCAGUUGUACCUGAUGAGGCAGACAAAACAGUCUCCGAAACGUCGUAGUGAAUAAAAUUAUUAUGUGAAGACAUUUUUGCUCUUAUCAUUGUGGUUGUCCAUAAUUUAAAAUAAGGAACUGAACAACAAAUAAAUAGAAUUAUAUUGUGA